CCUCCUCCCCCAGGCGCACGAUGCUCCGAUUGGGCUACCGUCUUCAACCUUCGGAGUACGCUGCCCUGAUUGAGCCGCCGCCUGAAAGCAACGGAACGGCGGCUACCGCGUGGGGGCGGGGCCACCGCUUGUGACAUGUCACGCGUCACUUCCGGCAGCGGGUUUGGAUCUGUUUGUAUAGUCUCUGAUAAAAAUGAUAUAUUAGCACUUGGAGAAGAGCAUCCCGAGGAUAAAAUUUACCAAAAGAAAGUGCAGGAUAUUAGUCGAAAAUAUGCCUACUUCAGAAAAACACUUGGCGAUGGCAACUGCUUUUAUCGAGCAGUAAGCUUUGCUUACUUGGAGUCGCUGCUUGGAAGUAAAAAGGGAAUACAAAAACUUAAGAAGAAUUUAAUGCAAAGUCGAGAAGAACUUUCAUCUGCUGGAUUUGUGGAAAGCAGAUUUGAAAAUUCUUUCACCACAUUUAUGGAUACGAUUGACGUGGUGGAAACGGAUGGUUCAGUUUCAAAACUCCUUGCUGUUUUCAACAAUCACGGUGUUUCAGAUCACCUAGUGCAAUAUCUUCGACUGCUAACGUCUGCAUACUUGCAGAAACGGUCUGAGUUCUUUGAGCUUUUCCUCGAGGGAGGUGUAAGCGUUAAAGACUUUUGCACUCAGGAAGUGGAACCAAUGGCUAUGGAGAGUGAUCACAUUCAUAUCACUGCGCUGACCCAUGCAUUGAGUUUACCAAUCCAAGUGGAAUAUAUGGACAAAACUGACACUGAAGUUAAUCAUCACGUCUUUCCUGAAGGGGCAAAACCUGUAGUUUACCUCCUUUACAAACCAGGGCAUUAUGACAUACUUUAUAAAGCAAAUAAACCAAAAUAGUCUUCAGCUUGCCUUGUGACACCAGAACAGUUUUAGUGCUUGAAACGGGGCUGAGGGAAGAGGAACUGAUUUUUGAUAAAUUUAUGAACACAAUCUUUAAACCAUUUUUCUGCACAAUACAAAAUGAAUGUAUAUUCCUGAUGAAAAUGGAAGAGUUAAUUUAGUAUUGUUGUCCUAAUUAUAAAGCAUGGUUGUAAUGCACUGUGUACAAAUAAUGGCAUCUUUCAAUAUAGCUUUGUAGCAAAAUAUACAUUCCCGGUAGAGUUUAGCUUUUUGUCCUUUUUCCCUUUAACUAUUUCUGUAUACCAUUUGAUUUAUUUCUUGAUCCAUGCUGGAAGUGUUCAAGGAUAGAGACUCCUCUUUCAGAAUGAAAAAAAUCUUUUCCUCAUAAAUACAGGAGAGAUCUGAACCUUUACUGGUCCAAAAUUUUAACGUUAGUGACUUUAUUUUCUGUCUAGUAAUUAAAGUAUACUUUACUGUAGGUAAAAAUCAACACUGGCACCCUUGUGACAGGUGAAACAUUUGAGUCUUUAUGCAGAAUAAGCAAAUACAGUAAUUUGGACUUUGAAAUGCAAAUAAUGAUCAUGUCUAAAUUGAAAAGGAAGGAUUGGACGUAUUAGAUAACUAUGGUGAAAAGUGACUUUCUACUUAAAUGUAUAUACAUAGCUAUAACAAUUGUUUAUAUUCUCAUUUAAUACAUAUUUGAAAAGUAAAUGGUUAUAGUUGGACCAAAUUCCCCCAGAUAAACACUCUGCCAUCUAAAACAGUUGACAUUUUUGGAUUACACUCAUCAGUACUGUGAAAUAUAGAAGCUUUUAUCUUUUAGUAAUGUUUUUUAAAUUCUGUACUACCAAGUAUUUUUAAGUAAAGCUCAUGAACAUUUAAAAACUUUUUCUGCUGCUCUUCCAUUUGAAGAAGUAUUUAUUGUUGACAAUCGUUCAGUUGUAGGAGAUGGUAUUUUCUGUAGGAUGAAAUGCUGCAUCUUUCUGACUACUAACAAAGACUGGUCGGCCUUAUUUUGUUUGGUAAUCAGAAUUCUUACAGACCUUGCACGUUCUGGACAUGCUGUUUAUUUACAAUGCUUUAAAAGUUGCAUCCUCUGUGCUUUGAGGAUGUAAUUGAGUAAGAUUUUAAAUCUUCAUAUUGAAGACACAGUACUGUACAAGUUCUGGGAUUUUAUUAAAGGCAAUAAAAGAUAUAGCCACUG